AUUCAGAGGGAUUUGUUGAUGUUUUUAGUAUGCAGUUAUGCAGUGCCAUUGGUUUCCUUUCUAUUUUCUAAUUUUCUUAGGAACAAGACAGCUCUAUUGACUGAUGAGCGUGUGCGGAUUAUGAAUGAGAUCAUCUCAGGAAUGCGGAUCAUCAAGAUUCAUGCAUGGGAAUUCCCCUUUUCAGACCUGGUCAGAGAAUCAAGAAGGAAAGAAAUGGCCAAAGUGAUGCGCUCUACCCACCUGCGUACUUUCAACAUCGCAGCCUUCAAAUCUGCCACUGCUAUCAUCUCCUUCGCCACCUUCACCGCCUACGCCCUCACCGGUCACGUUCUCACGCCCAGCAUCGUCUUUCUCGCCAUCCCGCUCUUCAAUGCCGUCCAUCUCACGGUCGUUCUCUGCAUACCCACCUGCAUCAUGUACGGCAGUGAGGGGCUCAUUGCUGUGCGCAGAAUACAGGAAUUUCUUAUGAUGGAGGAAUUGAAGACAUUGAAGCAUGCAGACUCCUUCUCCUCCAUCUCGUCCGAUGCUAACCUUCCCAUCCCUGAGCAGAUCGGAGAACCCCUGGAAGAAUCUGAGACGAACGAUAGAAGAAAAGAUGAGGAGAGGACAGAUACCAUCGCCAGCAAUGACGUUACUGUAGCGUUCCUCCCUAACGACAACAAGGAAAAAGAUCAGCUGGUUGAAGAUGGCCCAGAUGGUCUAGCCAUGAAGCAUAUGAAUGAUAACAGAGAGGAAGAGGAGAAAGAAGAAGAGAGGAGAAAAAGCAAAGAAGGAUCAAAUCGGGAUGUUGAUGGGGAUGAUGGGACUCCUGAACGUGAAGAAGAUGAUAAUGACAUCAUUCUUAGGAACCUAGGAGGAUCUUGGGAUGCCAAAAGUGUUGAUGACAAAGUUGGUUUCACUCUGAAGAACAUUGAUUUUUCUCUGCGAGCUGGACAGCUUGUAGCCAUCAUUGGGCCUGUGGGUAGUGGCAAGUCUUCCCUUCUCAUGGCUAUGAUGAAUGAGCUCCCAACACAGACUGGUGAUGUUAUUGUCAGUGGUAAAAUAGCCUAUACAGCACAGCAGCCAUGGGUAUUCUCUGGCACGCUAAGGGAUAACAUUCUCUUCGGCAAGAAGCUUGACCCAGACAAAUACAAGGAGACCCUGAAAGUUUGUGCGCUCAAAAUGGACAUUGAACUUUUACCUGAUGGUGACCUCACGCUGGUCGGAGACAGGGGCAUCACAUUGAGUGGAGGUCAAAGGGCAAGGGUCAGCCUGGCCAGGGCUGUAUACCGUGAGGCCGAUGCUUACCUAUUGGAUGAUCCUCUCAGUGCUGUGGAUACAGCGGUCGGAAGGCAUCUGUUUGAUAAAUGCAUCAAGGGUCAUCUAAGAGACAAACUGGUUGUUCUCGUCACUCAUCAGUUACAGUACCUGGAUGCAGCAGACUGUAUAGUAGUCCUCAAAGAUGGUGAAAUGGUAGCAUGCGGAAGCUUCGAGGAGCUCCAGACCACCGGGAUAGAUUUCGCUGCUCUCCUCAAGGAGCAUGAAUCACUUAAGCAAGAAGACGUUGUCUCGAGGACCAGCUCAAUUUAUUCAAUCCCCGGCGCUAUUGCAACAGAGAUCAAUCCACUCGCUGAUGAUAUCAUUCUUGAGGCUGAUGAGAAAGCAAGCAAUAGACAAAAAGAGACCAAGUCUGAAGGCACAGUGACUUACAAGGUCUAUGUGACAUUCUUCAGGGCGGGGGCCGGUAUUCUUGGAUUCUCCAUCUUCAUGCUCUUCAAUGUUAGCAGUCAGGCGUUCAUGAACCUCACUGAUUGGUGGUUAGCGCAAUGGGCUUUCGCUGAGGAGACGGCGUGUGCUGAGUUACUCAAUCGUUCAUGCAUAGUCGAUACGGUCUUGCCGAAUAAGACGUUUGUAGUUGAGAUGGAUGUCGACCGGCCGUACUAUAUUCAAAACCUGGCCAUCUUCCUCGGUCUCUUCAUCCUCUUCUGCUUCAUUCGUACCUAUCAUUUUUUCAUCAUUCUCGUCAACGCCGCCACCGUUCUGCACAAUAGAAUGUUUGAAGCUCUCAUCAGGGCCCCGAUGCAAUUCUUUGAUACAAACUCGAUUGGGCGUAUAUUAAAUCGAUUCUCAAAAGAUAUCGGUUUAAUGGAUGAGCAAUUACCUAUAACCUUUGCAGACUUCAAUACAAUAUCAUUUCAUACUCUAGGAGUGAUCAUCGUUAUCAGCAUCUUCAACCCAAUCGUCUUAAUAUUCAUGGUGCCGCUGUGUGUAGCAUUCACCCUCGUCAGACGAUACUACCUCGCGUCAUCAAGAGAUAUCAAGAGAUUAGAAGGGAUAACUCGUAGUCCCGUCUUCAGCCACCUCUCGGCCUCUCUGCAGGGGUUAGUCACCAUCAGAGCCUUCAAGGUCCAAGAGGACUUCACCAAGCAGUUCGACCUCCAUCAGAACACCCACACCAGGACAUGGUUUCUCUUUCUCACUUCCAACCGUUGGUUUGGGAUCAUGCUAGAUUGGAUGGCCAUCACCUUCCUUGCCGUUGUAGCCUUUUUGUGCAUCAUCUUAUCUGAUUUAUUUGAGUUGAACUCAUCUCUGGUCGGUUUAUCAUUGACCUACUCUCUUCAGCUGAUGGGUAAAUUUCAGUGGGGCGUUAGACAAAGUGCAGAGGUAGAAAAUUUGAUGACCUCAACAGAGAGGGUCAUAGAAUACUCACAGCUGAAGCCAGAAGCUCCUCUGGAGAAGGAGAACAAACCUGAUGCUGAUUGGCCUAAGCAUGGCAUCAUCACGUUUGAAGACGUCUCGGUCUCCUACAGCGAUGAUGGACCUCUAGUCCUCAAGAACCUCAGAUGCUGUAUACGAGCAGAGGAGAAGGUUGGUAUCGUCGGUAGGACGGGGGCAGGUAAAAGUUCUUUGAUGGCUGCCCUCAUGAGGUUGACGGAGCCCAAGGGAAUCCUGAAGAUCGACGGUGUCACCAUCACAGAGAUCGGUCUCCAUUCCUUGAGGAAACGUAUAUCAUUUAUUCCCCAGGAUCCUGUGUUAUUUAGCGGAACCCUCAGGAAGAACCUAGACCCAUUCAACCAUCACACGGAUGAGGAUAUGUGGAAUGCAUUGGAAGAGGUUCAACUCAAGCCUGUCGUGGAAGAAAACUCAGAGAAACUGGAGAUGGCAAUGUCCGAGGGAGGGACAAACUUCAGCGUCGGACAGAGGCAGCUGGUCUGCCUAGCGAGGGCGGUAUUACAUCGGAAUAAGAUCCUCAUUGUAGACGAGGCCACUGCUAAUGUAGACCCUAGGACUGACCAGUUGGUUCAACUGACCAUUAGGAAGAAGUUCAGGCAGUGUACCGUGCUGACCAUUGCCCACAGACUCAAUACCAUCAUGGAUAGUGACCGUGUCUUGGUGCUGGACCAAGGUUGUAUCAUAGAGUUUGAUGAACCCUAUGUUCUUCUCAAGAAUGGAAAGAGCCUAUUUGGAUCCAUGGUGGUGGAGACAGGAAAGUCUGAGGCUGCCAAGCUCCUUGCAGUGGCCAGGGCCGGGUACUAUGAGAGGAACCCCUCCAACCCGUAUGACUUUGACAUCAAUGGUGACCUGAAUGAGAGCUCUGCAUGAAAGGGUCAAAGGACAGGAGGUCACAAAGUCAUCACGAAGGUCACGAGGUCAUUAUUCAUGAUAAAUAUGAAUGAGAAAUGACUUUCCGUAUGAAGAUAUGAUCACGAGUUGAUUUUUAGAAAUUUUCGCAAAAUGCCGCCUCGAUGAUGUCACGAUAAUCUGAUGAACUUGCAAAUGUUUCGGACAUGUCUUAUGACAAGGACCUAUGACUGUGCCAAAAUUGAAAGAAAUUGACAUUACCAAAUCUGAGUAAUCAUCGGCACAAAAAUGUGCGGAGAAAUAUAUAAAAAGAAAGAAAGAAAAUUCUGACGAAAUCAAUGGGUAGUCUAUGACAGAGCACCUCAGUAUACCUAAAGAGUGCCUUGAUGAUAAAUAUUCCCUUUUUCAUUUAAAUAAAGACAGCUAAAAGUACUUAACUUAAUCAAAGAAAAGUUGCAAUACCAAUAACUGAAAUGAAUUUUGUACAUUUUCUAUAUCCCAUGUAAUGUGCCAAUGUUUGUUUUUGUAUUUCUGUUUUCGUAAAAUAUGUCUGAAUGUUAUAUCUUAAUAUUAUGUUUGCAAAACAACAAUGAUCCGUGUCAAAUGUACGUAAGGCAAAUAUUAUGAUAAAAUUAUGAUAUAUUAUGAUAAAAUAAAGCAAAAUAACUUUU